AUGGCCUUCAAAACUUCUUCGUGUAUCGCCCUACUCGCCGCCCUGUCGGGUGUGGUGCAAGCACAAGACCUCUGUCCACCACUCAACGACAUCGGCCAUGCGGAAUCGCAGCAAUGGAUCUUCAACAACUUGAACUAUACUCUGACGAAGAUCAGCAGCGGGACAGUCUGGCCGCCUCCAGAAAACGAUCUCGACGAGAGCCGCGUCUCCUUCGCGAUCCAGAGCGACUUCAACGCGGCCCCCGUGCAAUGCACGGCUGAAGGCGCGCAGUUCUCCGAGGAGUACGAGAGGCAGCUCGCCGGCAAGCAGCCAACAUAUGACUGGUUUGACUGCAAGACCGAUAGUGCCGAUGUCAGGACUCAGUUCAAGCUCGUCUGGUGGAACACACACCUCCUCAACGUCCGACAAUAUUGGACAUGUCCGAAAACGGGCCGUCCGAUGCGCGCGACAGGACAAGUCACGCUGAAUUACCUCGACUGCCAAUAUGACAGCCAGGGACGCCGGACACACUGCGCGCAAUCGGAAGGGCACGACAAGCCCCCAAUCACCGCCACCAUCGUCGAGGUGCUGCCCCCGCCGACGAAGCGAUGCGCGGCGGCCUCUGAAGCCACCCCGGACUGGACCGUGAAAGAUUUCGUGUGGCAGUACUGGAACACGACGUACCCGCUCAUCCCCCCCAUGGUAUACGCGAACAUGACGUUCCGUUUAGUCAAUGAGGCGCUCAAUUACUCGCCCCGCAUGAACUGUACCGAGCCCCGGCUCCACGGCCCCCUGGGCGGCGUGUACAUGACGCCGUACACGUGCGGUGUCUUCGAGGCUAACGAGGAGGACGUGCCUGCUACGAGAUUCGAUUGGGUUCGUGAUGGUACCCAGCUCCUUCGGAUCAACCAGACGUGGUUCUGUGACGAUGGCCCAUCUGGAGAGACGCGCUUCCAGAGCAUUGGAGACCGAGACCUCACACCCCUGCUGCAGUGUAAGACAAUCCCUCUCAACACUACGCAGAAUGGCGUGCCUAUCGGAGAUACCUUGACGACAUGUGUCACGGGGUCCGACUUUGAGAUCCAGGGAACGCUGCAGUGA